GGCGAUUCUGAUGAUUCGAACUUCAUUGUGUGCGUGUUCGCAUGGGACGCAUUCCUCGCCGAGGGGUUGCCUUAUUUUCCGAGCACCAGUUCUACUUGGAGAGUCUGAACCGAAUCGUCGCGCAUAUCGAACAUCCCGUGAAUAACCCCGUGGUCCCCGAUCUUGUUUAUAUCAUUAAGAACGUAUUCUCUACUUGAGAAGGGAUGGCCAAGCGAUACCCUGAGAGACGCGGCGAUACGGCAAGAGCGACGAAUGAUCCUGUCACGGCGAGAAUUGAGCCCUCGACGUCCGACCUGUUACGGAGAAGACCUUCCGACACAAGAGAAUCGAUCUCCGAGCCCAUCGACCUGUCGGUCAGAGCCCCUCCGAGUCCUUCGGCUACGCGGAGUACGUUCCCUGGAUUAAGCAGGAAAAUGCCAAUGAAAAUCGGAGCGCGUAGAAAACCGGCGCAAGAAACCAACGGGGACAUGCCGAGCACCUCCAGAGGCCCGACGGACGUAGAGGAGAUAUCUUUCCCGGAAAUGAUAGACAGUGACGAUGGAAUGCGGAGCCCAAACUUUCCGACCAAAAGAAGAUUUUUCGGAAAAGGAGACGAAGGAGAGGAAGAGGACGAAAGACGUCCGCCUCUGAAAUCGGACGCCCGGCUCGAGCGUGCUUUCGGCGUGACACAGAGACCUGCGCCCAUAGACAUUCAGACUUGGCUGAACGGCGGUCGUUGUGGGAUGCUGAGCCCAUGGAAAGGAAGCCGGCGUCGAACCAUUGCAGAGUCUCACGACUCUUGACUCCGUCUGCAAUCGCAAAAACAUGCGGACGUUUGUUGCCGCCAGAAGACCUCCGAACGUAAUGGAGCUUUUGCUCUGAAGCUCCCUCUGGAGCAUCCCUCAUUUUAUCUUUCACGAAGGAUAACGUGGCUAAACAUUCAUUGUAUUCUCCUGACCAAUUACCGAAAAAAUGACUAAAACAUAUAUU